AUGUCUUGCUUGAUUGGCAAGAUAUGGAAUGCUCUAAGAAUGUCGUGUUUUCUGCAUUUUGACAUUUGCAAAUCACCAAAAAAAUAUAGUCCACCCAAUCCCACCAGCAAAUAUAGCCCACCUAAAUCAAACAGCAAGUAUAGGCCACCCAAUCCAACCAGCAAAUAUAGUCCACCCAAUCCAACCAGCAAAUAUAGCCCACCUAAUUCAAACAGCAAAUAUAGUCCACCAAAUCCAACCAACAAAUAUAGCCAACCUAAUUCAAACAGCAAAUAUAGCCCACCUAAUUCAAACACCAAAUAUAGUCCACCCAGUACAACCAGCAAAUAUAGCCCACCUAAUUCAAACAGCAAAUAUAGCCCACCUAAUUCAAACAGCAUAUAUAGUCCACCAAAUCCAACCAGCAAAUAUAGCCCACCUAAUUCAAACAGCAAAUAUAGUCCACCCAAUCCCACCAGCAAAUAUAGCCCACCUAAUUCAAACAGCAAAUAUAGUCCACCCAAUCCAACCAGCAAAUAUAGUCCACCCAAUCCAACCAGCAAAUAUAGCCCACCUAAUUCAAACAGCAAAUAUAGUCCACCCAAUCCAACCAGCAAAUAUAGGCCACCCAAUCCAACCAGCAAAAAUAGUCCACCCAAUCCAACCAGAAAAUAUAGCCCACCCAAUUCAAAUAGCAAAUAUAGCCCCUCAAAUUCAGACAACAGAUAUAACCCUCCCACCACGAACAGCAAAUAUAGCCAUCCAAGUUCAACCAAAAAUAUAGCCACCCCAAUUCAUCCAGCAAGUAUAGCCCUCCUAAUACAUCCAGCAGAUACAGCCCAUCCAAAUCAAACAGUAAAUUAUAGUCCACCCAAUCCAACCAGCAAAUAUAGCCCAAAUAAUUCAAAUAGCAAGUAUAGCUCUCCAGAUUCAGACGGCAAAUAUAGCCCUCCCAACACAAACCUCCCCCAACCCCACCUCUUAACCAAUAGAUACUGCACUCCUACUCCUAAUUCAAACAGCAAAUAUAGCCCUCCCAAUUCAACCAGCAAUAUAACCGAAUUUACAAUUCCGUUGGCUGCUAUGAUUUUUACCUGA